GGAAGUGACGUCGCGGCGCGUUUCCGGGCGACGGGGCUUGCGGCCUGUCCGCGUGUCUAAGGCAACGGACGGAGGGCGACGUUGGGCGGUUUCCCUCUUUCUCUCUGCUUUCUGCUCGGGGGCGCCUUGACAGCAAUGGCGGUGCGGGCCAGCUUCGAGAAUAACAACGAGAUCGGCUGUUUCGCCAAGCUCACGAACGCCUACUGCCUGGUGGCCAUCGGGGGCUCAGAGGGCUUCUACAGGUAACACCCCCCCCAAAAAAGGCCUUCCUCUCAGCCUGGCCGCACCUCGAGCCUCUCCAGGGUAUUUCUGUCACCCUUUUCUCCUGCCCUUCGAACUCCGGACUCGGACCCUGAAACCAGGAGCCAGGCCUGGCCCGUGAAAAGGAAGCUGCCGCUCGGCAGCCGGGCUUCUUUCCCUGCCCCCCCCCCCGAAUAUUGCUAAAACUAUGAGGGACUCCAUUAAGGCCCUGGGCAAGUUAUGGGUGGCAGGUUUUGAACUGUUCUUAAUCCCCAAUGCAGCUUCCGCACUGGUGACAUCACACCAGUCCUAAAAGAUCUAUUAUUGGCUCUCCCGGCCUGUUUCCAAGCACCACUCAAGGUACUGGUGAUGACCAUUAAAGCCCUAAAUGGCCAGCGCCCUGUAUAUCCGAAGGACACUGAGGGCCUUCUGGCUGUUUCCUCAUUGCAAGGAGGCCUCCUCAGUAGUCACACCCCCCAGUGGCACGCCCUCCCCUCAGAUGAGAUAAUUUAUUAAGGUCAAAGACCAGCUCGCAUAACACAAUAAAAACAGUGUUCAUAAAGAUAAAAUAUACAAUUAGAUUGGAUUGCAGCAGUAGCUCAUGAGUUAAAAUUGAGAUAUAUACAUAACCUGUAAAACUGAGAUUUGGGCUACCAUAAAAAUUGACCCUGAGGCGCCCCAAAGGGCGACUUAAGCUUUUCCCUAGUAAGCUAUUUUAUUCUAGAUUUGUGCCUACAAAUCUGGGAGCAGAAUCUGGCUACCAGCCAGGUCGUCUUGUGGUCUUUGCCUAAGAGGAGAGACUUAACUUUAAACUUGUCUGAAAGAUUGGCGAGCCUCUUCAGCAAAGGAUCAAUGGUGUCUCUAUGAAUCUCAGCGUAAAAAGGACAUCUAAAAAAUAUAUGGUCGGGGCUUCCUAUUUCCCCUAAUGAGCAGGCGCGAAGUCUCUGUGUGUAUGGGACUCUUCUGUAGGAGCCUUCCAGAACCGGUGAGGGCAAGGCCAAGCUUCUAGCAAGAGUGAAAGCCCUUCUUGUUUUUCUGGAUGCGAGGAAAUAAGAGAUAUGUAGCUGGAGCGGCUACGUAUCUCCCAUUUUCUAUGAUUCUAUAAUCGGGGACCCUUGUACAGUCCUGUUGUCUCUCUAUGUCCAUGAUUAUUUGCCUAACCACGGAUCUAGCUUGGCCCAGACCCAUAGUUAUGAGGGUUUGGGGAGCAAGGCCCAGUUUCUGAAGAGUGUUUAAGACUGCUGUCUGCCAGCCAGACUGAAACUGGUCACUCAGAAUCAAUGGGGCUAUUCCUCGGGGGAGCAGUUUCAGAGUUAGCCACUUAUAUAUUGAUGUUAGACUGAUAUGAGCUUCAUCAUCCCUGUUUUUAGUCUGACCCAUGCAUUUGAAAUGCAUCUAGGAACUUGUAGAAGGGCUCUGAGGAGUUUGGAUUGCACUCUUUCAAGGGGAAUGAAUGAGGAGGGAGGCGGGCCCAGAAAGGAUCUGUAAAGGAGCUGUAGCAACGUUUUGGCUUUAUGUAAUUUUCUCCCGUCAGAUGUUAAAGUGAUAAACAGCUGUAUGACUUUUCAUAGACAUCUGAAGGCAGCCCUUGUUUGGGGAAGCUUUUAAUGUUUGAUGCGUCAUCGACCCCUGUGUUUUGUUGGAAGCUGCCCAUAGUGGCUGCGGCAACCCAGUCAGAUGGGUGGGGUAUAAGAAAUAAAUUGUUGUUUUUAUGUACCUGCAAUUUAGUAUCUUUUCUUUUUUUGAGCCUUGGAGAAUGGCAAGAGAUGGAAUGGAGUUCAGAGUCCAUCUCCAGCAUUGAAAAAGAGUCACUGACCCAUUAUUGUUGGUUGGUUGGUUUCUCUGUUUUCAUCAAAGGCUGUUUGCCUCUUCAGUUGAUAAAUUGUUCUUCCAGUUUAGCAACAAGCUCAUGUCAUGCCAUGUUGGUUUAUGCCACAAUAAAGCCAUAUGCCAGGAUAAAUCUGUUACUGGUUAAGAUGCUGCGAGAGCUAUUUGUAUUUGCUGCAAGAGACUCAUGUGAAUGACUAUCCUUGUGAAAGUUUCUCCUUUAUUUGAGUCCUUGACAAUGUAGUCAUGUUGAAUUUGGUACCGUUUUACAAUUUUCAUUCUGCUGUGCUUUAGUGUUUUUGAAGGGGAGCUUUCGGAUACCAUCCCUGUAGUUCAUGCUUCAAUUGCCGGAUGUCGAAUCAUUGGCAGAAUGUGUGUGGGUAAGUUGCAUUCUCCAAUUGGGUUGUCUUAAUCCUUCUUAAAAUAUAAAUGCUGUAGCUCAGUGAUACAGCAUCUGCUUCCCAGAUUCAAUCUCCACCAUCUUCAGGUAGGGCAGGGAAUGUCCCCUUCCUGAAACUCUGGAAAGCCGCCACUGGUCAGUGUAGACAACACUGAGCUGGAUGGAAAAAGGAAGAGAAAAAUAAUUUUCAGACAAUAUUAAUAUUAACAGUAAACAGCAAUGUGAACUGAUGGUAGUAUACUGUUAUUAUUACUGUUAAAGCGCUCUUACAUAAUGUUAUCUAAGAGCUGGGAAGCAGAUAGCUAAUAUCACUGUCCUCUUGCGACUUAAGUCACCACUGUUUCCAGGAAUAUCUAGCAGCUGCAGAAUGUCCAAUUCCCAAGAGGAGGUACUCCAGGUCCAGGAAUAAAAAUUAAAGGUGGAGACUAUUUUCACUGCUUUCUAUUUUAAAAAAAUGUUUUUUGUACCUUAGAAACCUGUUAUCUAGCAGAAAGACAAGAUAUAUUUUUAAAAAAAUAAUAUAAACUUGUUUUAAGUUAUGUAAAUUAAGAAUUUAGUUCUUCUGGCACUAGUUUGUUAGCUAGAUAUAUUGCAUUUAUUAUAUAAAAUUUUACAUAUCUGAAUGAGUAUUCGGUGACCCUAUACUGGGGCGGGAGUAUAUGGCUUAGUUUACUUGCAUUCGGUGUCUGUAGUUAUUUGCUUUGUGAAUGCAUUUCUGUACUCCAUUAAAAGCAAGAAAGGUGUCACAGGAAGUUGGGUUAGAUCCAUUUCUGUGAUUCUGUGGCAGAGUUCACACAGUUAAUAGUUUACUGUGAACAUGCAGGUGGCCCCACUUUUCUUCUCCCCUAGUGCAAAUGGGAGCUUCAAACCAUGAUCCCAGGAUUUGUUUUCUGGGUAGUGGCUGUUUGUGUUUCUUCAAACAAACCAUGAUCUUAAGUCAGUUUGUUCUUGUCUUCCCAAUUGUUUGAGCAAAAGAAACUACACAUCCCAGUCCCUACAUAAGCCAGGGAUCAUGGUUUGUUUCUGCUACCACUAGGGGAGGAGUGAAGCCAUCUGUGUGUUCAUGGUAAACAGUUAAGUAUUGUUUACUAUGACCUGUGAACUCAACCAGUGAUUUUUUUCAUUCAUUGCUUUAUGGCAUCCAGGUUUGGGGGAGAAAGAAAAUGAAAGACCUGUUACUUCUGAAUCUUGAAUUGGGUCUCUUUUCUCCCCCAUCCCUUUUCUUUUAGGAAACCGGCAUGGCUUGUUAGUCCCAAACAAUACCACGGACCAGGAGCUUCAGCACAUCCGAAACAGUCUUCCAGACUCCGUACGAAUUCAGCGAGUGGAAGAGCGCCUCUCUGCCUUGGGCAAUGUCACUACAUGCAAUGACUAUGUAGCACUUGUCCAUCCAGACAUUGACAGAGUAAAUGAGUUCAUUUUGAUCUGAAUUUUUCGGAAAUUGGCAUGCUACCGCUACUUACGUUAAGUAGUGAUAGUAGUUAAAGGAGCCUCCUUCUUCCACACAAGGUUCAGUAGCUGAGCUGCCUGCGAACUUUGACAUCCUCUCUUCCAGGCUCUUGACACCAUCAGCUGAAUUUUACAACAACUGGAAGGCAGGAUGCCAGAGACAUAGUUACAGAGACAGUUGGCAGAAUGGAAGAAAGGAGUUAUCAUUUAAACUAUUAUUUUUUAUCUUAUUAAAUUUCUAUACUGCCCUUCAACUGAGGAUCACAGGAUGAUUUACAAUAUAAAAACACAAAAAGUUGGUGGCAGCAGCAUGCUAAUUCUAUUCUAGUUGUAGUAAAUGCUUUUAAUAUGGCUUUCCUUCCAGCAGUAAGAACUACAUGCUGUGUGCUAUUGAUCACUACUGACUUGAGAUUCUAUGGUCAGAGGCAAUGGAAACUGAUCAUGCUCAGUUGAAAUCACCUAGCAACCUAGGAAGCUGUUUUAUUUCAUUGGUUCACAGAAGUCAGUACCGUCUAUACUGACUGUCAGUGGCUGUCCAUGGUUGAAGGCAAGAGUCUUCCUCAGCCCUGAAUUGAAUCUGAGACCUUCCGCAGGUCUCUGGUGGUGGACUGGCACAGAGCAACAGCCCUUCCAUGGCCAGUAUCUAAACACAGGCUCUUCUAAACAUGAGUGGUGGUUUUUGUUUAUUAAACUGAGAGUUUAGUUCUCAAAAAGGCCUUUAUAUUAAUAUUGCGAUCAUGUGUACAUUUCUUAAUGAGAUAAAUUGAUUUGGCAUUUGCUUUUAAUUAAUUAGGAAAGGUUUGAUGUGUUCACAGUGCUGGUUUUAAACAUUUCAUAUUUUUUUUACAGGAGACAGAAGAGAUUUUAGCAGACGUACUAAAAGUGGAAGUAUUUAGGCAGACGGUAGCAGAACAAGUGUUGGUGGGAAGUUAUUGUGCUUUCAGCAACCAGGGAGGACUUGUGCACCCCAAGACUUCCAUUGAAGACCAGGAUGAGCUCUCCUCAUUGCUACAAGUCCCACUUGUGGUAACUACUCUUUCUGCUGAUUUUUUAUUUAUUUAUUUUAUUUAUUUAUGCCCAGUUUUCUUACACUGUGAAGAAGUUAACAGGCUGAGUUUGAGUUGUCUGCUGCCGCCCCCCACACCUAGUGGUCUCAUAAGACUGAGAUCAGAGACCAUACCCUCUGUAUUUAUGACUGAGUUACCAUAGCCACACCCUGGCCAAUUCAAAACACGAGAUCAGUUUCUAGCACCAGUUCUAACCAUUCCUAAAUGGUUAGGCAAUGACCCUGGGCAAUGUAUAAAAGCACAAGAUUACUCUCUUUUCCCAAAACAGAAAAAUGUGUAUACUAGGAGAAUGGGUGGGGUGGGGUGGGGAGAAGAAUAUGAAGAGCAAUGAAGAAUUUGAGUGAAUGUUUACAUUAACAUGAAAUGCUUAAUGACGUGAAAUACAUCCAAAACUGAGUGUUUGAGAGUGUCUUGGGGAGAGGGGUUUGAAAUGUGCUUUGGGAAUAACAUUGAUUAAAUGAAAAAUAUCAGCGUGCCAUUGUUACAUUGGCUGCAUACAGUGUUAGUGAUUAUAAUUGGUUUCAAAAGGAUCAGUCUAGAGCUAUUUGACAAGUACCCUUCUUAAGAAACUGACUUAAAAGGGAUAAAAGCUUUUGAUGCUGCUUCUCCUGGAAUUCUGUAAAGAGAACUUUGGAGUGGCAAUCUUGUUUUGAUUCAACUCUUCACUUACCCUAAUUGUCUGCCUUUUAGAAUCCACACACUGUGAAGAGAAUCCUAUCAGUUACUAUAGCUAACACUGAAAAGUGAUGUGUACAUUAACAGUUAAGUUGAUCGCAUAUAUUGAUGAUUAUUUCUACAUAUUAAUUAGCAGCCAGGGCAGCCUGUUUCUGAGCAAAAGUGGGUGUGAGGAAAAUGAGGUUAACUCUAGCCUCUCUGGUCCCUUCUUAGCAAGUUGCUUUCUCAGCCAUGGGAGUCAGGGGAUGGGGUUGUGAUAUGAAGUUUCCAUAUCUUACACGUACUGGUAUAUUUGUCCCCCAAACUGGAAAAAAAAGCUCACAUAGUGUGGUUUUCAGCUAUAAGGAGUUAAGCCACCCAUUUUCUGCAUAGGUGGAGCUGGUUCCAGUCUUAAAGGAUUGAAACAAGUGGAGAAUAACAUGCAGAAAUCUAUGUUAUGUGUAGUUGGAGCCUACGUGGAGUGGGGUGCGGAAAUGCAGAAUCCCAAAACAGAAACACACUCUGUGUUUAAAUUCCACACAGUAGAUAAGCACUUGUGCUGUAAAUUGUUUGCAAAGACCCAGUGGAUUCCCCAAGGCCACUCAAUGAGAACUGUGGGCUAGAGAAUUGGGGCCUGGCUUUUCUGACAUUUCUGAAUGCUGGGCUAUAUUAUUUUUGAAAUGAUGAUAAAACAUAAAGAGCUAACUUACUGGUUCUGGAGGGCUUGGCUUCUAUUGCCUUCUCAAAUAUUUUACUUAAAAUAUUUCUAUCCUGCCUUUCCACUAAAAAGUAUUCAAGGCUACUGGUUCCAAACUAAAUUAUCAGUUACAUAUACUUUACUUCUGGCUCAUAAUACAUCCAACCCUGGGUGGUGGGAAGUAUUAACUCUGAUGUUAGUCCAUUGGGUAUUGCUGUUAUAGAUGAGGGGAAGGGGAAAAAAAUCUCUCUUAGCCAGAGGUACUGUCAUGAAUGUCUCUCUCUUUUUUACCAGGCUGGAACUGUUAACCGUGGCAGUGAGGUGAUUGCAGCUGGAAUGGUUGUGAAUGACUGGUGUGCCUUCUGUGGCCUGGACACAACCAGCACAGAGUUAUCUGUUAUUGAGAGUGUCUUUAAACUCAAUGAAUCACAGCCAAGUACCAUUGCUACUACUAUGAGAGAUUCUUUGAUUGACAGGUAGGUUUGACACUUGUUUUCUCACAAAUCUAGUAAACGCCUCAAGGUCAGUGACUGCCUGGAUUCUCAUUUUGCUUAUUAUAACUUUCCUGUGAUUACUCACAAAUGGUGAUUAUAGUUCAUUUUCUUCAGUUGUCUCAGUACUUUCACCUGCUUGCCAAGGUCUGUGAAACUGAUCUGCUAGAAGUUCUAGUACCACUUUCAUCAUUUGCAAAGGGAAUACUUUUUCUAUAUAUCCCACCCACCAUUUUCACUCCACUUACGUGAGGGUUACAUUUUGGGGGGCCAUGCACAUAAGUGAAAUUGCAUAAAGUGGGGAGCAAACCACUUUAAUGGGGGGGAGCGCAGGGAGGAGAGAGAGAGAGACUCACCCUGGAAAUUGUUCGGGGCCGCUGCCCGGCCUGUCCCAAGCCUGCCUAAGGGGAGUUAGUGCGCGUGGUGGUGGAUGGCCACAGAGGACGAGGGCUGAGAAGGACACCCAGCAGAACUGUUGCCAGGAUGGGUGUGUAGAGGUAGAGAGAAGGCACCUCCUGCCCCAUGUUGCUGGCCAAUGAAAGGCCACCUUCCCUCACUCAAGGCAGCAGCCCAGAGCAACUUCCAGGCAGCAGGCCAGAGUGAGGCAAGACCUACCGUAUCUAUUUUGUGACGACCUGCGUAAACAUUUAUUUUGUAUUGCAAAAAAAUUGUGUGGGAUGCGUGUGUGUAUCCAGCCUGUAAUUAAUAUUUGCAGUGACUUGAUCCAUGACUCGAUUCAAGAAUAAUAAACUUUGUAAGUUUUUUUAAAAACCUUGCACCUUCUCAUGCAUCUGCUACCUGUGUGAGCACAUUGUGCUUUGCUACUGGCUUACGGAAUGGCCAAAAGGGGCAGUGAAUAAAGUGGGAGGCCUCUGGACUCUUUGCCUUUAUGUGGCAUGUCUAAUCUCCUGACCAUUGUGAGAAUUCAGUACUGACAUGGCUGUAUAGCUGAUACUUCUACAUGCAUCCAGUUAGUGACCUUCACAAUGCAGUCCAAUUAUUGUGACAGGUUUUGAAUUCCCUGUUGCACCUUGCCUGGUUUUUUAGAUGACGGAGAUGAAAAUAAGACAGCCUUGCUGGAGCCCCAAAAGUAUUUUUGGCUAACCUUCAUUUCUGUUUCCUUUUUUAGCUUGACAUGAUCUGCUGCUCCUUGACCACCACAGAAGCACUGAAGGCCAGAUUAUGAUCUUGAUUGCUCACUGAAGUAAAUGCUCUGUUUAUUACUCUGCAGACCUAGACCAGGAAGGGUAUACAACAAUCAGCAUUUCUAAACUACAAUGUUACACACCUGUGCCCCUUUUUGUUACUUCUGCUAAUAUGGCCUGCUUUUAUUAAUUCAUGAGAUAAUUUUCAAAUUGUGAGUGUAUGUUUUAGAAAAAUGUUUAAAGAUGUCAUUACAUGUAAUAAUGGUUAAAAAAACAAAACAAAAUGGUUUUCUCCUUCUGCAUUCACCGGCAUGUGCCUGAACCAGCUAUAAUUUCUCGAUCAGACGGAGCUGGGAUUUCUACUGGAUCAUUUUUACAUAGCCUGCAGCCUAGAUUAAUGUAGCUGUCAUAUGUAAAUUUGGUAGUCAGACACUGCCUGUUAAAAGGACUGAAAUAAGCCAUGGAGCUUUUUGCCAUAUCCCUAUAAUUCUGUAAAGUCAACAUGUGCUAGCAGUUCUCUGAAAUGACACUGGCCUUUAUCUGUGGAGGAAGACCAGGUGAAAGACCAACCUAUCCAUCUGCUGAAGUUAUGAAGAGCCUUUACUUUAGAGGAAAUAGCCUGGGUGGAAAUAAUUUAUUUUGGCCUCUUCGUUGUAUGCACACUUCCUUAACAAUUCAGUCAUAAGAAACUACUUUGCAACCUGUAUCUUAAGCCUCUUAUGAGGCUCUGCUUUGUUGCGCAGCGAUAGAAGCAAUCCUUGGAAGUAGGUGAUGGUGUCACUUGGUUGAGGCUUAAUGCCAAAGGCAGUUAAAACUAAUAAACCUUAAAGCUAAAAACCGUUGUUCUGGACAUUGAUACUGGAAUUCAAUAUAAGGGAUAAGGGCUGCAUCAAACUUAAGAGUUCUGAAAGAACACGUUUUAUUAAACAAUCUGGCUUUUACUUGAAAGCUUUCCAUAGCUACUUUAUGAUUUCAUAGCUUUUUCUUUCCCUGCUGCAGUUUACUGGCCAAAGUACCUGUUUCAAUUGUGCCAUCGUGUCUUUUCUCAUUGUUCCUGACUAUUACAAAAUCACCCUUGUCUUCCUCUGUAAGGUGAUCUAGCAUGCUCUACUCCAUGUUUUAUACAUCUAGCUCAAACACAUCCCAGUAAUGAAGCAUGGUACAAGUUAAAAGCAGCUGAAGGUGUAUUACACUGGAGUGGGGAAUCUUUGAUCCUCCAGACAGUUCUAAAAUACAGCUCCCAUCAUCUCUGAUUAUUGGCUAGGCUGGCGGGAGUUGGGAGUCCAAUAACAUCUAGAGGGCCACAGGUUUCUUGCUCCUGUAUUACACAUUUAAUCCUCCAGUCUUGCACUGUUUGCUUACAUUAUUUCCUGAAUAUAUUACUUUCCCCACCUCCCACAAUAGUGGGGUUUUGCAGUUCUUAACACUGCAAACACUGCUGUUAAGGGAAUCUAGUGCAACAAUAAAUUGUUCAGCUCACAACAUAUUUUCUUUAUGAACUGUAGUGGUCCAAUAGACUAUUGAAAGCUCCUUUAUCACUAUAGUACUUUCUUACUGACGUUACACAAAAUGCCCUACUGCAAGAACUUUCAGGCAUGUUUAUAUAUAUAUAAAACUUGCACUCACCAUACAUGCUCGCAUUGGAACGUCUUGUAAAUAUCUAGCAUCCAUAUAUGCCUUGAAGUGCAACCACAUUGAAUAAUAAUUGCUAAACCACUGUAUCCCAGAUGUGAGUGCAGUGGCAUUUGAUUUAGCUAUCUGACCCACAGAUGACAAGAGAUUGAGUGUGCACAGAGGACUAGACAUUUUCUUCUGCCAUGUGGCUAUUUUUCUGAGAGUAGCCAGACUGCUCUGUGAAGCAAAUGUAACCUGCAGCAGCAGCUUUUAAAUGUGGUGUUAGCAAAAGUGAUGGGUAGAAUGUUUAAGAAAAGGGGAACAAAUAACUUACGCAGUAACCAGUAGAAAAGAGACUACUUGGUUUUUUUAAAAAUCUAUUAUGAAUAUGGAAGAAAUGGAAAAUACAUUUAACACCUUAAGUGUGGAAUCUAGAAACAAGCUCCCAUCAACAGAUUAGAAAAGCAAAAUAUUUCUGCCUGAAAACAGCAAAAAACAAAAACUCUGAAAUCCAGGAGAACCAGAAAUGUAACACCUUAGGAGCAGGCAGAUUUAUUGGAAUAUUAUUGGAAUAUUAAUAAACUGGCCAGUCUCAAAUUUUUAGAGAGUUUGGAAACAACAGAUGCUGUUCAAGUGUCCUGACAAACAUUCAUUUAAAAAUGUAUGACAAGAUGACAAACUCCUUUAAUAAAUGUGCUGGUGUUUGAUUUCAUGAGCACUUUGUUUGUGUGGUAUGGCAAAAUGACAAACUCCUUUAAUAAUUGUGUCAAUUUGCAUUGUAACACAAGUAGAUUUAGAUACAUAACAGUGUAUCUAACAGUGUAACAGUGUACAUAACAGUGUAAAUUUGAUUUUAUCAAAUUUAGAUCUGACUCAAAUAAUAAUGAGAUGGGACAUUAUAAUAGAUUGAUACAGUAACAUUGUAAGAUAAUUUUUUAGGUACUAGGGUAAGAUCAAGUAUCAGCAAGGAGGUGUUUUCAAAGCAGAGCUGCAAGACAAGGAUGAAAUCCUAUUGAGUCCGUAUGAUGGCAGCACCUUUUAAAUAAGUGGAUAGUCUGACAGAAUUAGAUAUGGGGCAAAACUCUAAAUCUAGUUAAUACCAUACGUGAUCUUGAUGAUGUGUUACAUAGGGACCACUCAGCUAUUAGCAGGAGGCUUCCAAGAUGUUUAAAGCAGAUAAAGCUUAUGGGGCAAUUUUAAUUAUUUUUAAAGCAAAAAUGGAUUGCCAUAAGACAGUUAUGCAACUUCUAGAUUAUAUCAAGUAUUUGUUCUGGAAAUUUUAUGCUUCUCAGGUGAGUAAUUUCAGAACAGUAGCAGUGUUUGGAAUUAGAUUCAGGUGGGUAGCCGUGUUGGUCUGAUGCAGUUGAAAUAAAUUAAAAAAUUGUCCAGUAGCACCCUAGACACCAACUAAGUUUGUUCUGGGUAUAUGCUUUCGUUGCAUGCACACUUCAUCAGAUGGUAUUUGAAAAAGUGUGCAUGCACACAAAAUCUUCUACCCAGAACAAACUUGGUUGGUUUCUAAGUUGCUACUGGACAAGUGUUUGGAAUUGUGCUGAAAGUGCUUGAUAGUGUGAAAGUUAUUCCUGGGUGCACAACAAAACCAUAUUAAGAGUUCCAUAGAAUAGCCGAGUCCCGAGCUUGCAACUUGUAUGGAUAUUUUACUCUGCCCAAGUCUUUGAAGCCUUUGCAGUGUUGCAAUUAAGUUCACAUAUAAAUCAGUAUUUGGGGGUGGCAAAAAACAUUUGAGCAAGUACUGUCAACCUGCAUUUCACUGUUUGUAGCACUUUCACAUCUGUUCAGGUUCAUUGUAGUAAUAGUGAUUGCAUGCAAACCACACACAAUUUACUGAGGUUUAUGUUGGUUCACAGAAGCAGCAACUUGCAUGCACUGCUAAAAGUCAACAUGGCCUAUUUAAAAACCAUGCUUGCCAUCCUCUCCUGAGUUGAUACUUAAUCAAUAGCUGCAAAAAAAAGGGCAAAAUGCUGUAGCACCUUACGACUGCCUUAUUGUGGCAUGAGCUUUCAAGGCAACAUCAAAUAUAUUAAGUGUAUCCACUUUUAAGUAUGACAUGGCUUUGCUUUUCUAAACUUUCACCUGAAAGUGAAGGUAAUAUAAGGGAAGUAUCUUCUAGUUACUGUUACAUGCUGAAACUGGGACAAUCCAGUGUCUCACCCGUAAUACCAAUUUGAUGAAUUUGGGAUAGUUGUGGGGGAGGGAAUGGAAACGCCACCUUGAAUAGUUCAUGAUUUUUACCCCAAUUUGAGGGGUUGGAAAGCCUAGAGUGGAUGUGCAGACAACAGUCAGUGGACAUGGGAUAAGCACCUCUCCUCGCAAGUGGGCCCUGCAUCUCCAUUAUUUUGGCAUAAAAAAGGUUGGGAUCAGGCCACUAGCAGAACAGACACAGUUGGCAGAAUGGAUUGUCCCAUCUCAAAAUCUGCUCCAGAGGAUUGGGGAACCCUCCAUAGCAGAUUUGGGGGAAAUUUAGGAAAGGAAAGACACUGUGAUGUUGGGUAUUGUCCUUAAGAGUUUUGGCAACAUGAACUUGUGAUAUGAAAAUAAAAAUUAAAACCCCAAAAGGUUUUUCUCUGAUUACAUUCCUAUAAUUUCCAAUAGGUCUCUAGCAUAACAGCAAGUAGAGAAUCUCCUGAAAAGGCAAAAAAGAUUGAUGUCUUGCCAACAAGAAUGACAAAAAUAUACUGCAUCAAAAUAAACCAACUUGAUUUGUCUAGCCUAUGAGUAAACCAGAAAUACUUAGUUUUUAUACCUACCUGGAAAGCAGAGUAGGAUAGUUUCUACUAGUGAAUGCCAUCCACUGUACUAGUCUAAAAGAUACGUGCAGCUUUCUCUCUUGUUUUAAAGAUACAUGUGGCACACCAAUAUCGUUUAAGCACUGAUACUAUAAAAUACUGCAAUUUACUUUAUACAUUUUGGAGAAUUUGCCAGAUUAAAGUUUCUAAAUCGCAAUCUUUAGGAUAACCUCCCACUCCUGAUUAAGUGGUAUAUAAAUGCCUCUUGAAUAAACAAAUCAGAUUUUAAAAACAUGAAUUUCUGUCUGGAUGCCACUCCUUUCCUGCACUACUGCAACUACAAUUCUCAUCAUAAUUUUGUUAAAGAAUAUCAAGCAUCCUAAUGUACAUGCCACUUGGCCUCCAUUUAUAAAAAAAAGGAUCAAGGGGACUUGUAUUUGCAGAGUACCAUAUACAGUAUCAAAGGUGGUAUGUUACUGAGUGCCAAUCACUGGGGAACCCGCAUGUCCUUGUGGCUUGCAUCUGGUUGGCCACUUUAAGAACAAUGUUGGGCUGGAUGGACCUUUGUCCUCAUUCAGCAGGAGCCUUCUUACAUUCUUAAAUAUCACAGAAUUUGCCUUUAAUCUUAUAAUGGUAACAAUUAAUUUAUUGUUGCCAACUUAAAAUAGUGGUAAUAUGACAUUUAAAUAUUUAGUACAUGACAGGUUCUUAAAAACAGAGUUUUAAGGGCUUCAUUCAUGUUAGUGUUCAAACCCAAUUGCUUAGUCUUGCAGACUGGUUGUAUUCACAAAUUUCGGUUCCUAGUUGCUGUUGUGAUUUGAUCUGGCUUUAGAGCUGUUUGAAGUCGUGGUCUACACAGAAUUAUCUCCUAAGAGCUCUUUAUGUGUGUCUGCCAUUGCAGAGUGGGAACAUCAGCUAAUUACCAUGAAUGUACAAAACAUCUGACCAGCAGGUAUUGGAAAAAAACAGUAUCCAGGUAAUUGCCUGGUUCCUGUAAUAAAUUAAAAUAUUUCAG